UCCCUCCUCCCGUCAGUCUGCCCCUCUUCCUUUUCCCAAAUCUCGUCGCCCUCCCCUCUCCGUCCGACCGUCCAACGCCGUCCGCCGUCUCCGUGAGACGCCGCCCUGCCCUUCGCCACGCUGCAUCAGUCGACGCCGGCCUUCCCUUCGAUUCUGAAUCAGUCCAGGACUCCAGGCUGCUCAGCGACGCAGCUCCGCCACGCCGCCGGUCACUUCGCUGUUCGUCCGCCGCCCCGAUUAAAUGGAAGCUUCACAGGAACAUACUCAACAAGCUUCAAAUGUCCCUCCAAAUGCAAAUCCAAAUGGAGAAGAAGAACCUCAAUCUCAGUCACAUACAGAAGCUACUGUUACUACAGGAAAGAAGAGGAAAACUUCUGAGAGAAAAACUUCUGAGCAAAGAUCUACUCGUUGGGCAGACUACACCGUGGUCGAGGUUGAAGUAGGGGAUCCUCCCAUUUUAAAGAAGAAAGCAAAAUGCAACCGAUGCGGCGCCUUAAUUGCAGCUGAUUCGUCUAAAAACGGCACCACUGGUUUGAAAAAUCAUACAGAGGUUUGUAAGAGAAAGCAUGAGGCAUCAGGUGGUCAAGCAAAGUUGAAUUAUCAACCUGUUCCCGGUGAUGGAAGUGGGGUGUUAUCAACUUGGAAGUUUAACCAAAAGGAAAGCAGGUUGGCUAUGUGUGAUAUAUUUAAUGUACAAGAAUAAGUUUUAGUUUAGCGGAUAAAUUGCUCUGUGUAUUUUCUGGAGACCAGAGUUCAAAUCCUCUAACUAGCAACUUAUUUAAAUUUUAUUUUUAAAAUGGGUAUUUCGGAUACCCAAAUUACCCAAUUGAUUAACCGAAGCGGGUAUUGGGUAACCGAACUCCUAAAACGGUUCGGGAACGGUUAUUGAAAUUUGACAAUUUCGGGUUCGGGUAACCGAAAUUUUGGGUACGGGUAACCGAACCCGAA